CUAUCUCUAGUGGCAGAAAUCAUGUACAAUGCGGCUAUCCCAUUGAUCAAAUCCUCGAUCCUCCUUCUAUACCAUCGAAUUUUCCCUCAGCGGUGGCUCAACCAGGCUCUGUUGGGACUUGGCCUUUUUAUCAUCGCAUACAGCGUAGCACAGAUACUCGCAGACAUCUUCCAAUGUACUCCCGUCGAUUCCAUAUGGGGAGCGAGCCUAAAGAAACACUGCAUCAAAUAUCCCAUGUUGAUCAAAAUAUGUGGUAUUAUCAAUAUUCUCACGGACGUGGCUAUACUGGCCCUUCCUAUACCAUCGCUGUGGAGAUUGAACCUGUCGGCCGCCAGGAAGAGGUUACUUCUCCUUAUGUUCUUGAUUGGUGGAAUAGCCUGCAUUGCAAGUAUUGUGCGCCUUUUCUUCGUGGACAAGAUCGGAAAUAGCCAUGACCCAUCCUGGGAUUAUGCGAUUCCUGCACUCAUAGCAAAUGUUGAGCUCUGCGUUGGUGUAUUGGCCGCCAAUCUACCUACCUACCGUCCUCUUAUCACAAGUAUGAUGUCAAGCCGACGU